CCUCCCUCAGGAACCCACACUCUCCGCUAUGACCUCAUGGCCCUGUCCCUGGACAGGCCUGGGAAGCCCCAGUUCCUGGCCCUGGGGUAAUUUGAUUAUGAGCUCUUCCUGCGCUAUGAUGGCGAGAGCCAGAGGGCAGAGCCUCGGGGUCUAGGGAUCAAGAUGGACCUGGGAGCUGAGACCUGGGAGAGAGAGACCAAGGACCUGAAGGAGAAGGAGUGGCAGCUCAGACAGUUGCUGACCGAGAUGAUGGGCCAGCAGGGCCAGGGCUGGGGCCUUCACUCCCUCCAGGCCACACUGGGCUGUGAGCUCCAGGGAGACAGCACCAGAGGCUUCUGGCACUUGGGCUACAAAGGGCAGGACUCCCUCACCUUCGACUCACAGACCCUCACUUGGACGGUGGCCACACCCUCAGCCCAGCACAUCAAGAAGCUCUGGGAGACCCAAGGCCCCAGGGCUGAUCUGGUUAAGAUUUUCUUGCGUGUAACUUGUCCUGACCAACUCUGGAGAUACCUGGCCUCUUGGAGUGGCCUCCUGGACAAUACAGAUCCCCCGUCAGUGACUGUGACCCGCAGUAAGAACCUGCUGGGCAAGGUCAUCCUGAGGUGCUGGGCUUUUAGCUUCUAUCCUCGGGGUGCCACCCUGACCUGGCUUCGGGAUGGGGAACCCAUGCACCAAGGCACCUUUGGGCCUGGGGUCAGCCUGCCCAGUGGGGACGGGACCUACCAGACCUGGGUGGAUACUCGGGUCCUCCGUGGAGAGGAGCAGAUGUUCGCCUGCCACGUGGGACACUGCGGGCUGAACACCACGGUCCCUGCAGUCUCUGGUGAGGAGCUGGCGGAGCCCUCGGGGUCCAGGGAGCUGGAGGCAGAGUUGGUAUAGGAUCCUCGUGUGAAGAAGGGCCCACUGGGUAUAAUUGAAGCCCAUUUCAUGGUGACCUCCCGGGCCUCAAGGUCAGAGGGCUUCCUGUGCUGCUGCUCCUGCUGCGGCUCCUCUCGCUGUGUCCACUGUCGCUGCUGUGCUGUAUUUGGUGGUGGUCGAAGCCUAGACGAGGAAGCACACAGAGGAUGCGAGAGCCCAGGAACAGGAAAAGAAUAGACAAGCCAUCUUCCUGUUUACAGGAUGUGGGAGACGAGGUGUGUAUUACGAAAACUGGCUAAAAAGCAAUAAAGAUAAAGACCCAACCAUUUAUCCUGCCUUUCCAAUUCACAUAAGAACUGGACCUGAAGACAUUCACUUAGUUGAGAAAGAGAGGGUUUUUUUUGUAUAGAAGUAGUUCAAAUAAUAAAGAUAGAAAAGCAAAGGCAGAGUGACAUUAUUACCACUUUGUGAGCCUAAUGAAUGAAUGGAUCUCAGCCGUAACCAUCCAUGGCUGCCAGCCUGGCCACUGGAGAGACAGCUUGAUGUUGUGCACUUCCUGGUGGAAAGACCCUUGAUGUCACUCCAUCAUCGAUUUACUGGAAACAGGAGGCAAUUGACUGGAAACAGAGAAUCAAGUUCAACCACAUGGUGGACAGGUCCUUGGUGAAGGCACAGUCUUUGUGGAAAAUUAUAGGACAAACUACCUUAUUCCUUCACCAAAUAAACUGUCAGGAAACAAACAAACAAUAAAAGAUGGAGAGGGUACCUGAGGGUUACUGUAUGUAUUUAAUAUGAUUACCUUUCCACCUUGUUAUGAGAAGAAGUUAAUCUUGUCUAUUUGCUGUUUUCUUGUUUAACCUGAGGGGUGACUCAAGGGUCACAAGGAUUGAUGAGCUUGUUUUACAGAAGAAGGAGAAUGCCUUCAAGGAAGUUAUGCUCACCGGAUAACCAGCCCCCAGAUGCCCAGAAGUCAGAUUGUCCAAGGGUUUAUUGGGAGUGAAACAUGGAUUCCCCUUUGUUUCUCUGAAACUCCUCCUGCCAAGCCCCUUAGCUCUACAAAAGCCCCUGCUUUCUUCUCUUGUUCAGAUGAAUUUGAGGGAACCUAUCCUCCCCGCCUUCUUGUUUUGGCCAAUUCAAGUAAACCUUUCUCCAUCUCUAAGCACCAGUGUCUCAGUGAUUGGCUUACUGAACAUCGGGCACACGAAUGUGAGAUUAAGAAGUUUGGUAUCAUAC